CUUUGAAUUGGGACACAGCUUGUAUAACAUGUUUUGUUAGAUUGUCCAGCAUAUAGUAAUGAGAAACACAAUGGAAAGUUUACUUUCUUUCUCAACUGUAAAAUAAUAUAUAUAACGUUAAACGUCUAAUCCGCAUUGACGCUCCACAUAUACCCAACAGUUGGUAGCGGUAAUGCAUCAUGUUGAAUGACAACCGCCAAUAAAAAUUUAAGAAGAAGAAGAAGAAGGAUGAUGAUCAGGCAUCAUCAAUCGCUCAUGAGUUAUGACGUCAUCGCUCGGGAUAACAUGGCGGAUACGAGUACAAAACAAAGCGGACAGAAAAGUGUGAAGAUCGCAGCAGGUGCUGUGGUGUGUGUGGAGAGUGAAAUCAGAGGAGAUGUCACAAUCGGAGCAAGAACUGUCGUUCACCCGAAAGCUCGCAUCAUAGCGGAGGCUGGACCCAUUGUGAUUGGAGAAGGAAAUCUAAUCGAGGAGCAGGCAUUGAUCAUCAAUAGCGAUACUGUGGAACCCAAACCCAUGACCAUUGGUAUCAAUAAUGUCUUUGAAGUUGGCUCUGUGUCUCAGGCAUUGAAAAUUGGGGACAACAACGUAAUUGAAUCAAAAGCUGAAGUUGGCAGGAACGUGAUGCUCACCAGUGGCUGUAUUGUGGGCUCAUGCUGUCAAGUGAACACAUGUGAAGUGAUACCAGAGAACACUGUGAUCUACGGCACGGUGUGUCUGAGACGUGUUCAGACCGAGAGACCGCAGCCUCAGACGCUGCAGUUGGAUUUCCUGAUGAAGAUUUUACCCAAUUAUCAUCAUCUCAAGAAAACUGUAAAAGGAAAUUCCACUCCGUCCAGAAGCUGAGAAAAUGACAUGCAAAGAAAUCUAAAAAGUACAAAUGUAAUGAUUUUGCUUGUAGCUUAUUCUCUAUUGCAUUUAAGUUUGUUUUUGCUUUGUAGGUUGACCUGUAACUUAUUGAUAACAAAUUCUAAAUAUUUUAAAAUAUCUUAUCAAAAUGUUUUUGUUGUUUUUGGCAGUGGCCUAUGACAAAUAAAAUGUUAACUUGAUCAAACUUUUCAAUUAAAUGUGAAAAUGUGAUAUAGGCAACUUAAAUGUUGAUGUUCACAGUUGAGUUUGAGUUUUAUUAAAACACCGCUGAGCUUUUCACAAAUGUUUUAAUUGGGUUAGGUUAGAUUGAAUGCAACACUACAAAUAGCACCAAAGCAUCAAUUGAAAUGCAGCGGUAUGUUUGCUAAAUCUUUCUUUUGCUUUAUUUAUGUUGCACAUUUUUUACAACCAGGGGUUGCCAAAGUGCUGACAUUUCAGUAAA